UUUCACUUCAUUGUGAUUGAAGAAUAUUCUGUAUAUAUAUUCUGUAUAUAAAAGAGCGUAUAUUUAAUACACACAGAAUACCAAAGACUGCACACAUAUAACAGUGUCUUCUUUCUCAACCAUUUUUUGCACAUCUAUUUUAAUGAACGCAACAAAAUUAAUAUAAAUUAUAAAUCGUUUGUAACAUUUGUUUAAAUUGCGAGACAAUUGUUAAUCAUUUAUAUAAAUUUCGGACACUUUUACAUCGUUAAUAAAACAAAUGAAAUGUAGAGAAAAGAUGUAUCGAAGGAAAAACUGCACACUUUUUCAUUACCUAUCGUUGGGAUUACUUUUCUCUUUGAUAAGUCUCUCUCCAAUCGCAUCCAUACCGACCGCUACAUCCACUUCAAGCCAAACGCUUAAUACAACCGUUUCUCAAACAACUACUGUCGAGCAGAUUACCGACACUGGCACUGGAGCUAUAGGUCUCAACACAACUACACAUAACUCAUUGUCAGACAUAGUAAUCAGUGAACAGAAUAGGACUCAAGAAUCGUAUGAUAUAUUAAACACUACUAAACACAAUGAUUCAGUGAUCAGUCAAACGAGUGAUACGUUACAGCAGAUAGAGAGCGACUUAAAUGACAAAAUUAAUGGCAAUAUAGCUGUGAAUCAGUUGAACGGAUUGAGUGCCGAUCAGAUCAAUCGACCGGCGAUUGAGGCUAUAGUCGGAAAUGAUAUCACAUCUGAUUUGAGUCAUACAAUGGCACCGGAGGUGAGACCGUUGCCCGUAUUGGCCGACAAUAUAAGCAAUACAGACAACACUAAUCAUACCGUAUAUGAUGUUAACGGAGACGGGAAUCAAACCAAUCAAAUGAUUGCAAAUCCUCUUCUCAUUAAAAGUGAAAACGACUCAUCCGUCAACUCCAGUCGCACGGAACCAAUACUUCACGUCUCGAGUACUGAAUCUCAUCGGAAUAAGAGAUCAUUCCUCUUGAGUCCGUUGCAAUCAAAUUUGGAUGAAAUCCUGAAUAUACGGCGACAGAGGCGAAGGGCUCAGAGAUACAAACGAAACGCCAAUUACGAGGACUUAUUGGCCUCUAUCUUAUCACAAGACGACACCGGAAAGUAUGACAACUCGGACGCCAACGACGCUCUCAACACCAUUGCUAUGAAUUACAUCUUAAAUAACAUUAACUCUUAUGACUCGUCGGAUAACAACAAGUACUCGGAUUUGGAGAAAAUCANGUUAUUCUUAGGCUUUAUAUUAGCCAAUAAAUCACGAUUUUUUUUGCAAUUACUGAUUUAA